UGGCCAUGUAUUCUAAACUUGAUCAAGCCUCCUGCUGGAAACCACGCUUACGCACAAGCUCUCUCAACUGAACUGAACCUACAAGUCAGCUGCCGGGACAAGUGGACCGUUGCAAUAGAACUGAAUUGGAAUAGCCCUAUUUUACCUUUUAUAUGCCAGCAAAGAGGUCGAGACCAAUAUUCUCAAAAGGCUAGGAACUACACAGCCGCAAGAUGACAGUUGCGCGUGCUCCGUGAACGGUGUUUAGCUUAUGUUUAGGGUGUGACAAACGUUUCCGUCUGCACCUGUUAAUGACUAUACAAUUUUAGACAUUAUAUCUAAUGGAAAAUGUUUUACAGAAGAAUCCUAACCCUGGCAACAUGGGACUACUCAUUCUUUAGAAAUUGAAUUUGUGAACUGAGGCGGUAGUUUUAUUGAACACAUGCGCGGGGCGUUCAUUUACCUUUUUGGUGCAUUUGUCGAUAGAAGGGCAAUAUUUUUCACAAUACGAGUGAUGGUUAUCUGAUUUUAGACUACUGGAGUGCUUCUUUUUGUCUACCUGGGCAAGUGAACUCCAAAUGCAUUCAUUGCUGGAUAGAAAGAAGAAAGAAGCCGGGGUUGGGUUUGAUCUGUCUCCGAGCCUGUUUCCCCAAGCCGCGAGGAUGUUCAGCUGUGUUGGUUGCUUUUGGGUUCUCCUGUCGUCCGCCCUUGUUGCUGUCUGUAGUUUCAGUUUUAUCUCACCUGCAUGGAUAGUGAAGGACCACCUGAAAAAUAAGGAUUCUGUGAGCUUCGGGUUACUUUGGCAUUGCUCCGAGUCUAUGGACCAUAUGUACAGAUGUUACACUUUUGGCGGCCUCGGAAGAUUUGAUGAAAUUCCGUCCAGUUCGUGGCAGACGAGUGCCGUGCUGUGCUCCGGAGGCUGUGCUCUGCUGGCGGUCAGCUCCCUGCUGGCCAUCAUCACCAUCUUCCUGCCCAGCGGGACGUGUGAAAGGAGGGUCUGCACACUGGCCGGAUACAUGCAGAUGGCCGCAGUGUUCAUCAUGGCGUCAGGGCUGUUGGUGUAUCCGUUUGGCCUCAACUCCAACCUGGUCAAGUCCUUCUGCGGCAGUUCUGACAUCUACUACGCCGGCGAGUGCCAGAUCGGCUGGGGAUACAUGCUGGCCAUAGUGGGGGUCAUGCUCACCCUCUUCCUGCCCUUCUUCGCCAAGUACGCUCCCAAAGAGCAGCUGUCCCCAACUCCCCUCCCUACCCUUUUAUAAUACAGCAGCCCUCCUGCUCCUCCUCCUUCUUCUCCCCCCUCUCAUGCUCCUGCUGGCCCACAGCUCGGGAGAGACCGCCUGAUUCUCCUCACCCUUAUUCUAUCACUGGACGAUGUCAUCCCAAUUGAAGAGAGACCUCCGUGCUUGUUUCUGUGUGUGUGUUUCCAUACCGUCUUCCCUCAUACAUAAUAAGCUAUUUCUUCCUGUGAAAUCGCAGAACUAGAACAUUUGUCUUUAACCAUAAUGCCCUUUGUUAUUACAUAAUCUGUGUCUCAUCCAAGGGUCAGCAAAACUUGGCCAUGACUUUCUCAUCUGCAAGUAGACUUCUGCCAUUUGUCUUUUUGACUUAAUAACACUCUGUAAUGAGAUGGACUGCCAAGCAACUGCUUGUUGGACAUAACUAUAUGACCUUUAAAUAUAAUUGGUAAAGGACAAGAACAAAAAAAAAAAAUUGUACUCUUUAUAUGAAGAGGCAGAACAGAUGUUUUUACAUUCCGGGACAUGCUGUAGUCUCUGUUAUCAGGGAGUGUCCUUAACACACAUCUGCAUGACAACAAGAGGAAGAGGAGAACAUUCUUCAAGAUCUUCAGGGACAACGGCACACAACAUGUCAGCAGAGACAAAUGCUACUCAUAGGACAUUGUAUACAGCAACGAUACGGUUCUUAAUAAACUGAGAGGAUGUGGAUCAGAGAAUCAUUCCCUGCGGACGGUUUGGGCAAGAGACUGUAUUCCAGAUGUGAAAGGUUAAGAAGUAGGGCUCAGAAUGGUAUAUUAGGCUCUACCAUGGAGAGGUCUUGAAUGAAGAAGUGUUUAUGGGUGUGUAAUGUGUGUUAAGUCACAGUGCAGUACCGAUCCAGUGUCUGUCAACACUGUCACUGACAGAGGCUUUGUGCUGUAACUAUUGAAUUUCCAUUUAACAAACCGAUUAAGCAUUUCAUUUCUCGUCCUGUGCGUUCUUAAAUGUGGCUAUCCCAGUGUGCUGUACAGUCAUACAUGUUUGCCCCGUGCUGACAGUACUGAAGUAGAACCUAACAGAGAAGUGACGUCACACGAGCCAUAAAAGAUUGUGCAGAGGACAGUGUUCAAGUAGGCCAUGUGUAAUGCAUUUAACCCUUAAGCCAGUACCGUCACACCGGUGUGACAGGAAUUAAACGUUCUAAGGAAUAUCUGGGUUCAUUGAAUUCAACAUAGAAUUUUAGAUUCUGUUUUGAAUGUUCAAAGGUUCCCUGCUGAAGGGUUAAUGUCUUGUCAACACUCCCGAUCCUCUGUCUGUCUGUAUCCUUAAAGUGUGCAUUCUGCAAAUCAUUCCAGUGUUUGGAGCCACUCCUUAUGUUACUCUUUAAUCCAGGAAUGGAUGACUAUUGAUCAGAUGGAAGGCAUAUAGGAAAAGAGAGCGUGCGUUAACAAUAACAGUAGACCAACUUGUGGUUAGCAAACAUCAAGACACAUUUUAGAAAAUCCUCUCUGACCAACUUGUGCCUUUUUAACCAUAACCAAGACAAGAAACAAUACUUUUAUCAGGUUGCUUCUACUGAAACUGUGAUUUGUAAGUUCUUUCUGGUUCUCUUCAUGUAUUUAAAUUGUCAGUGUAUUUAUGUUGUUUCUUGUUGAGCUAAAUGGGAUGAAGUUGUGCCGGUGAUGAAAUGCAAAGACAGUGGGAAAAGAAAAUCUCAACAAUAGGGAAGACCUUGAGAGCACUCAGAGCAGGACUGAGGUGGCAGAGUUCAGACUUCUGUUUAAUUAUGAUGGGAUUCGUUAAUUACCUUACCUUAGAGGUACAGUGAGUCAACUUAACCAUUACAUAACAGAUAAUGACAUGUUUUUAAUUCAUUAAUUCCUGGCAUGUUAAUUCAAGAAGCCUUGGAAAUUGCAUGGAAUAGCUUAAUUAAAUUUGGCCCAUGGUUAUCAAUGCAGAGUUAACACAUUAAGGGAAGUGUGUUAAGCAUGGCUAAAUAUGAUGACUGAUGUCCAUUGGGCUAGGCAUAUUCUCCCUCCGUAUUUGAUUUAUCUCAUCUUCCAAGAACAUCCUGUGAGUUUUCUGGCUAUAAAAUUCAUUUGUAGAUGCACAAGGUAUUCUAUGAUUUCCUCCAUUAUGUGUUUGUGUGCAUUACGUGGUGGUCAUAGCAAAAGAUGGCCAUAAAAAAGCCAAAUCCAUGAAAUUAUUUUAAAUUAAAUAACAAAUGUAACCAUAUUGAAAUGACGGAAGACCCACCCCUUCAAAGAAGAUAAACAUACUUCACUGACUUCUAUUAUAACCCUUGGUACUAAGAAUGACCAGGUCAUUCCUUUUGUUGGAAAUAUUGUUCGUCUCAACACUGGUGAACUGUAUUUUUUGUAGAGUAGCGGAAUUUAACUUUACAUUGUGAUGGUUUGGUUGUAAAUAUUAUGUGCGUUCACUGUUCAUCCUAUGGUCCCUUUUGAAAGAUAUAUUUUGCGAUAUUACCUCCUAAAUAAAUGUGUUUGUUUUACCUUUGGACUAACCUAUUAACAAUAUUAGCUGUUCAGUGGAAUUUCUUUGUAAUAAAAUGUUUCGUAAUUGAAA